AAUGUUUUUUAAUCGCAAUUUUUUGUUGAAAAUCAAAGUGUUUUAUUAUUGUGAAACAUUUUGUAUAUGUUUUUUUUUUCUUUUUUCUGUCGAAAAAUAUGAAUGUUUGAUCAUUGUGAUGUCAAAUAAAUCACAUUUAGUGGAAAACGGGGAAGGGUAUAGCCCUGCUCAAGACAACAUGACUUUGUACAGCCCGCAUCAGGCAGACUCAAUACUCAAGUAGGCGCGUAUUUUUUCCGGUUUAAUUUGACAAAUUUUGUUAUUAGUUGGUGGUUGAUUUGGUCAGUUUUGUUAAUUGGAAUUCUUUGGUGUCAACUGGGAAAGCGAAUGUGAAAUUGAUCUUUGGUAUCUUUGGCAAAAACAAUAUAGUCUAAGAGUCCAGAGCAGAUUUUGGGAGCGGAUGUAUAACAGAAAUAUAACUUUUGUUACUUUAUUAUCUGUGUCAUGUGCUGCACCACCAGCUCCAUCUCCAUCAGCUGCUGCUGCAGCACCAUCUAGUGAUGCAACUGCAGAAGUGAAAAACUAUACUGAUCAAAUUCAUCCUGAUGGUUCAUUUGGAUAUCAAUUCGAAACGUCAAAUGGUAUUAAUAUUCAAGAAUCUGGUACUGCCAACGGAACUGUACAAGGAGCUGUACAAUAUCAAUCCCCAGAUGGAGAACAAAUUCAAUUAACCUAUACUGCCGAUGAAAAUGGUUAUCAACCUUCUGGCUCACAUCUACCAACUUCGCCACCAGUUCCAGAACAAAUCCAAAAGGCAUUGGAAUACAUUCAAGCCCAUCCACCACCAGAGGAACCAAAAUCUGCAUAAGUUGUGAA